AUGUCGUCUUCACAUCAAACCCGCACAAGUCAAGGUUCUGAUGGUUCUCCCAUGUGUCGUGGUUAUCAAUCAACCCCACCGACAGACCUCAAUGACACAGAAGGAGACGAAGAAACUCCACCCUUCGUAGGAGAAACUCCACCGUUCGUCGAAGAAACUCCACCCUUCGUCAUAUCUCGUCCUGCUGGACGCGACAAACAAAAGGCGGCUAAGAAGAAAGGAAAGGGGGUUGCUGAGCCAUCAGAGAGCUACACUGCUCAAUUGCUGGACUAUGGAAGUGAGUUGAAGGAGAGGCAUGCUUCGAGGGCUGAGUAUGAGCGAAAAAGGAUGGAAUUCCAAGAAAAAAAAUCGAAGCGCGACGAAGAAAGGUGGAAUCUUGAGAAAAGGGAGAGGGAACAAAAGUGGGAAGUUGAAAAAAGAGAGAGGGAAGCGGCACUAUUUCGGAACAACGUUGAUCUUCUUGAAAAGGAUUUGUCGAAGUUGACACCAAGAAAGAGGCAGUAUUACAAAACUCAGCAAAACAUUGUUCUAGGGUAUGAUCAAGAUGAUCCCAACUCUGUUCCCAACUACUCAUCCAACGCAAAUCAGACCGGGGGAGGAGAUGAGAGUGGAGGAGAUGAGAGUGGAGGAGGAGGUUAUGGGAAUUACUAUUCUCUGCUAGGCGAUUAUUGA